CUGCACGCUGAUUGGUCGACACCGACGGUCACGUCAGCUGGUUUGGUCUGUGAUGUUAUUUUUGCUUCAGACGCGAAGAACAUUAUACGGAUCGUAGCUCACAGAGACAAACAUCAUUAUUUGAAAAGAGUGAAAACAAGAAGGUUGCCAUGUCACCGACAAAGUAUGAUCAAAAGCCGGAGCCUGGAGACCUGAUUGAAAUCUUCCGAGGCUCAUAUCAGCACUGGGCUAUUUAUGUUGGAGAAGGUUAUGUGAUUCAUUUGGCCCCUCCCUCGGAACACGCUGAAGCUGGAGCCUACAGUAUGAUGUCUGUAUUAUGUGAUAAAGCCAAAGUAAAGAAAGAAGAGCUUUUUGAAGUGGUUGGUAAUGAUGAAUACCGUGUCAACAACCUUCUGGAUGACAAAUAUGAGCCACGUCCUGUUCGAGACAUUCUACGGGAUGCACACAGGUUUUUGGGACAAGAACUCCCGUACUGUGUCCUUCGAGGGAACUGUGAGCACUUUGUUACAGAGCUGAGAUACGGACAACCACAGUCCCGACAGGUGAGGAAAGCGGUGGAGAUCGGUAUUGGAGUUGGUGUUGUUGCAGCAGCUACUUUUGCAGUGCUCGCUUUUGCUUCAACCGUAUUCGGCUCAAAAGACAAACAGAAACGAAACCAGUAAAGAGCGGGUGUGAAGCGGUGAAAGCACAGCCGUGGAGGCCUUUGAUAUUUAAAAUCUAUGAAAUGUUUUUCAUCUAAUGGAAUUUAAUGCACCGAUUAGGCAGGCUUAGAUCCGAGCACAACUAGAAAUACUCCUAAACUGAACAUAAGAGAUUGCCAGCAACCAAACGAAAUCCUGUCUGUUCUGUUGUUUAAGUGGUGCAUUUUGCUGACAAAUCUUUGUGCGAAGAUAUUAUUUAAAUAACUUUCUCGCAUUUGUCUUUCUACUGGUUUCCUAUUGACACUUUAAGCACUUUAAAACAUAAUCAAAAAUAGAAAGCUGAAUAUUUGACCAUAUAAAUAAACUGCCAUGUUGCCAUUUUUGUGCCAUUAAAUAUUUGACUUCA